UUCUCUUUCAGAGUUACACAAAUAUAAAGAUUGUAAGGACCUCUAUAUCCAUGGUAAUACAGAAUCUGGUGUGUAUGAGAUACAUCCAUUUGGUAAUAACAGCAGGGUCAGCGUCUUCUGUGACAUGAUGACAGAAGGUGGAGGGUGGACAGUAAGAUCUCUCUAUCCUUCUAUCCCUCCUCAAUUUCUCUCUAUCCAUCUUCUUGCAAUCUCACUCUACCUUCAUUACUCCAUCUGUUUCUUUCUCCCCCCCCCUCUCUUUAGCUCCACCAACAAUUUUACCUAUGAUUUCUCUAAUAAUAUAUUAAUCUUUGAUUUUUAAACUGAUAUCAUAUCUUGUCGCUGAAUGAACAUUGAAUGAUUUUUUUCUGGCCUAUUUUACGGGAAGAUAAUAAAAUUCCGAAAUAGAUAUUUUUUAGUUUCAACGUAGAAUAAAAAUAUAUAUAAUAUCAUAAAUUUGAUAACAAAGAUUUGUUUUCUAUUCUGAAUAGUUGUUGGGGUUAAUAGAAAUGAAGAAAACUUUAGUAUGAAUUUGUUUUAAAAUCAUAACUUUAAAAAAUUCGUAUAUUUACUUUAUUUUUUAUAUUUAUAUUUUUAUAUAAUAUAUAAUAAUAUCUUUAUAUUUAUUAUUUAUUUUAUUAAUUAACCCCAAAUUACUCCUUGUGAAAGUAACAAUAAACUUAAAAAAAACUCCUAUACUUAAUAAAUCCUUAGGCUAUCCAGAAACGGGUUAGUGGAUCAGUAAAUUUCGACAGACUACAAGAAUGGAUUUGGUUUCCCUAAUGACUCCUACUGGAUAGGAAAUGACGUUAUGCAUCAACUUACCAAGGGAAGGAACUCCUCCCUCUACGUAUCUACCACACUGACUAAUGGGACAAAGCUCUAUGAAUUAUACAACCAGUUCUCUGUUGCUGACGAAACCAACAACUACCGACUUUUUCUUGGCGGGUCAGCUACCGGGACCCUUGGUGACAGCAUGAGAAGCCACGAUCUGUCUGGGAUGUCCUUCAGUACCCCAGACAGAGAUAACGACGGGUUUCCUAGAAACUGUGCUGCUUACAGUGCCAUUAGAGGAGGCUGGUGGUUUAACUGGUGUCACCAAGCCUUCCUUAACGGUCAGUGGUCCCCGGGAUCCUGGUACAGACCAUGGUAUCCUACAGUCUCUGAUAAUAAACAGACAAAGGAGACUUUUAUGAUGCUGAAACAUAACUGACUUUUUAUAUCUUUAUAUCCAUACUUGUUCACGCAUGAUAUGAAAAGUUAUAUACUUUUAUCAUAAAUGAUGAAAACUUUAUUUUUAGACAUAAUGGUGGUUUCUUUAAUAUAUACAAUGUAUCAAACAUAUAGAUUUAAUGUUAUUAUGUGUAAUGAAUUUAUUGAAAAGUCCUAACAUGUAUUGCGUUUAAGAUAGUGUUGUACAUGUAACAUCAAUUACUAAAAACAAGAAAAUCGCAUUAAAUAUUGUUACAUAAUAAAAGUUUUGUUUUUAUUUUAUCAAUUGUCGUUUUAUAAUUAAUAGUCUAAUGAUAUAAAGUAUGUUAACAACAAACACAAUGUUUUUUUUUUUUAAUACAUUCCUUGAAUUUCAACUGAUCCCCGUGAAAGGUCACAUAACUGGGUAGAAAUAGUAUCCAUCAGUCUGUCAUCUCCGUACAUGUGUGUUGAUAAUUAGAAUUUCAUUCUGUUGCAAUUUAUAAAUGAUGUAGAGAUGAUAAUUACGUAGAUUUUAUUUUCAAAGAGAAAUAUUAUUCGCUACUUGUACUGUAUUUUGUAUAAACAGUGUGUGGAAAAUGCUGCAUGUAAUGCCAAACCAAUUAACUGAAAACAAAGUAUUAUAUGAUUUAUUUUCAUGACAUUAACGUUGAAGGCCUCAGUGUAACGUCAUAAGUGAAAAUCAAAUUCCCCGCUCUUCUUGAGCAGUUUUAAGUUUUAUAAUCCACCUUCAGAAACCUUAAAUCACAUUGACAUAUAUUUGAGUCUUUCAGACAAAAAUGCUACAUAUCCCGUGAUGUAAAUGUUGUUAAUUUUACGGCGCUAAAUUUUGCGCACGGAAAGGGAUAAUUCUUUCUACUUUCCUGCAUUUUUAAUAAACCACCUGUCCUUUC